CAGCCCUCCCCAUCACCGAGCCGCGAGGAAACGAAACCAGCUCCCUCCGUCUCCCCCCCUCCCGGCACCGCCCCUGAGCCUCAGAGCCCCCGAGCACUGGGAUGGAACGGGUCCGCACGCAGGGUCCGGCGCUGCCUCCGUACGAGCCUCUGAUGGAGGGGAUGGACGUGGAGGGGAAGACCCGCAGCACGGUGGUGACGGUGGAGACCCCCGUGGUGCCUCCUCCCCGCGACCACCUGGCCUGGUCGCUGUGCACCACGCUGUACGCCAACGUCUGCUGCCUCGGCUUCCUGGCGCUCGUCUUCUCCGUGAAGUCCAGGGAUCGCAAAGUCCUGGGUGACUACAGCGGGGCGCACAGCUACGGCUCCACCGCCAAGUACCUGAACAUCGCGGCCCAUCUGAUCAACGUCUUCCUCAUCAUCCUCAUCAUCGCCCUGAUUGCCAGCGGCACCAUCGUGCUGGCCAACGUCUUCAACCACCACCAGCCAAACUCCAGAUUCUUCGGACCGACUUAGCCCAUUCUGUGGGCAGAGCUUCGCCUGGGGCCAUGCUUUCCUUGCUUCUCCCAGCGCCCCUCCAGUCACCACCUGGAAAAGCACGUUGAGAUGCCCCUUGCUCUGGCAGGAAUCCCAUCAUCCGGCUGUAAGAAUGGGAACCUGCAGGCUUUGCCGCUUGCCACCUCGCUCUGCCUUUUUGCUGUUGCUCCAAGGGCCUGUAAAAGCCCUAAGGGAAACACCUCACUGGUUAUAAAAAAAAAACAAAAAACAACACAAUAAAGGUUUCUUUCACUACUGUC